ACACAUCUACAGGUAAUACACACUAUAUACUACACACUACACACUACACAACUCAGGAGAUAACACAGGCUGGAGACUCACACACACAUCUACAGGUAAUACACACUAUAUACUACACACUACACACUACACAACUCAGGAGAUAACACAGGCUGGAGACUCACACACACAUCUACAGGUAAUACACACUAUAUACUACACACUACACAACUCAGGAGAUAACACAGGCUGGAGACUCACAUACACAUCUACAGGUAAUACACACUAUAUACUACACACUACACACUACACAACUCAGGAGAUAACACAGGCUGGAGACUCACACACACAUCUACAGGUAAUACACACUAUAUACUACACACUACACACUACACAACUCAGGAGAUAACACAGGCUGGAGACUCACAUACACAUCUACAGGUAAUACACACUAUAUACUACACACUACACACUACACAACUCAGGAGAUAACACAGGCUGGAGACUCACACACACAUCUACAGGUAAUACACACUAUACACUACACACUACACAACUCAGGAGAUAACACAGGCUGGAGACUCACACACACAUCUACAGGUAAUACACACUAUACACUACACACUACACAACUCAGGAGAUAACACAGGCUGGAGACUCACAUACACAUCUACAGGUAAUACACACUAUAUACUACACACUACACAACUCAGGAGAUAACACAGGCUGGAGACUCACAUACACAUCUACAGGUAAUACACACUAUAUACUACACACUACACACUACACACUACACACUACACACUACACAACUCAGGAGAUAACACAGGCUGGAGACUCACAUACACAUCUACAGGUAAUACACACUAUACACUACACACUACACAACUCAGGAGAUAACACAGGCUGGAGACUCACACACACAUCUACAGGUAAUACACACUAUAUACUACACACUACACAACUCAGGAGAUAACACAGGCUGGAGACUCACACACACAUCUACAGGUAAUACACACUAUAUACUACACACUACACAACUCAGGAGAUAACACAGGCUGGAGACUCACAUACACAUCUACAGGAAGUAAGUGUCCUGCCCUUGAAGCCCCGCCCAAUGGCAUGCUGAACCCCGUCCAAUCAGAAUACUUCUUUAAGGACCACGUCCUGUUCACCUGUUCCCCUGGAUACAGGCUGCUGAAGGACGGAGAGACUCUGGAUCAUUACCAGUUGGACUGUCAGGCUGACGGCUGGUGGAGCAGCAGUCCUCCUCUCUGUUACAUGGUGGAUUGUGGGAAGCCGCGGGACGUUGCCAUGGCCGACGUGGUGUUUGGUAGUCAUGACAACAGCACACUGUUUGGGGCGACGGUUCGCUACGUCUGCAGGGACGACUCCAUCAUGCUCAGUACACAGAGUACACAGAGUAGUACACAACCUAACUCCUCCACACUCAACAGUUCCUAUACCUGUGGUCCAGGAGGAGAAUGGAUCAGUCCAGAAUCAGGACCCAGACUGCCCACCUGUCUACCAGCCUGUGGUCGGCCGGCCCGCUCCCUGCCCCCCCAGGUGAAGCGUAUCGUGGGCGGUCGGGGCGCUGAGCCGGGCCUGUUUCCCUGGCAGGUCCUGCUGAGCGUGGAGGAUCUGUCCCGUGUCCCAGAGGACCGCUGGUUCGGUUCCGGGGCUCUGCUGUCCCAGUCCUGGGUCCUGACGGCCGCCCACGUCCUGCGGUCCCAGCGCAGGGACACCAGCGUGGUCCCCGUGGCGCCCGAACACGUCAAGGUGUUCCUGGGUCUUCUUGAUGCGGGAGACAAGCGUCUGGCCACCAACCGUUCAGUGCAGGAAAUCGUCCUCCAUCCAAACUUCCAGCCCAACAACUACAACAACGACAUCGCCCUGCUGAGGCUGGACCAGCCGCUCGACUUCACCGAGCUCAUCCGACCUGUCUGUCUGCCUCCACCGCACAUCCCGGGAGACCCCCCCUCUCCCCUGCCGAACUCUCUGGGUUUAGUCGCAGGUUGGGGAAUCUCCAACCUGAACCUGAACGCCUCCCCCUCUGACCCCCCCGCGCUGACCUCUGACCCCCCCGCGCUGACCUCUGACCCCCCCUCGCUGACCUCUGACCUCCUGCAGUACGUCAAGCUUCCGGUGGUUUCUCAGGACGAGUGUUUGGCGAGCUAUGCCUCGCGCUCCGGCAGCUACAACAUCACGGACAACAUGUUCUGCGCGGGGUUCUUCCAGGGGGGGAGGGACACAUGCCUGGGGGACAGCGGGGGGGCGUUUGUGAUGCAGGACGGGGUCACCCGGCGGUGGGAGGUGUUAGGCCUGGUGUCCUGGGCCGGGCCAGAGGAGUGUGGCAGCCACAGGGUCUACGGAGUCUACACUCGGGUCAGGAAGUAUGUGGAGUGGAUAGAGAGGCAGCUACAGGCUGCUGCCUGAGGGUGAGUCAGGCAGACAGACAGACAGGCAGAUGGUAGAGAGACAGACAGACAGACAGACAGACAGACAGACACACACACAGACAGACAGACAGACAGACAGAGAGACAGAC